AUGCCAGUGCUUGAAAAGGUGGCAGACAUGGUCGCAGGCCUCAAGGCAAACAAGAUCCACUCCUUGAGCGAUGAAGAUUUGUACUACGAGCUGGCUUAUCGAAAAGUGGAUUACAGCGAAAACCGACAAGAAAAUGAAUCCAAGCUUCUUGAUGCCUUGAGUGGCCGUAUAAACUGGCGAUCCUGA